AUCCUUGGUUUCUUGAUGUUGACGAGAGAAGCAAUUGAGCAUUUAGGUGUAUGCAGUGAAGAUGGAAGACAUGGAGGUGGAUGUGCAGUUGGGGGUGCCUGAAACAAAUGAAGCUCCCGUUGUGACGGAAGAAGCUAUCGUCAUUCCUGAUUCAGGGAGCAGCACAGAGGUUGAAGAUGAAGAUGACGGAGCUCAGACAGAGAGCGACAGACAUGUAGUCUCCAACCCCCCGCAGAUUCCUUUUGGGUUUCUGUUCAGUAGAAGUGCUGAUGUUAGGGCCAGGAGCUCUGCUGCUGCUACCUCCACCCAAAUCACCAGGCGGAGACGAAAUGCCAGGCCAGGCCUCCGUUAUCAGUUCCUCUCUCAGGUUAGUGCUGCUCCAUCCAGUCCACACCACUUACUGGUGCAAGCCUACAGCAGCAGUGACACGGAGCCACUGUCAGGAAGCACCACGGAGGUCAGCGAGACUGAGGAUGAAGAGGAGGGUGAAGAGCAUCCUGGCUCAGGACCAGUCGCCAAUCCAGAGACAACGGCCAGUUCUUCUCAGAGUGCCCCAGUACCAGCCCCUUCUCCACCUCAGCCAGACACAGGAGUGGGAUCGACUGUUACCGCAGAUACAACGGGGCCUGCGCCAUCACAUCAGACUGAAGCAGAGUCAGAAUCUGCCCAGUUUGGACCUGAGGAGACCGAGGUGGCUCCCAAUUCCUCUACUCCCAAGGAGGUGGAGGGCGAGGAAGGGGAGGGGGAGACCUGCUCAAUCUGUUUUGAACCCUGGACCACCUCCGGGGACCACCGGCUGGCCGCUCUACGCUGCGGUCACCUGUUUGGCUUUGUCUGUAUUGAUCGCUGGCUGAAGGGACAGGGAGCCAAAUGCCCCCAGUGUAAUAAGAAAGCCAAAAGAACGGAUGUUGUACUAAUUUAUGCUCCAAAACUUCGGGCAGUGGACAACACAGAGCAAGAAAGCCUGAAGAGGUCAUUGGAGCUAGAGCAGAGUUUACGGCGGAAAGCAGAGCUGGAAUCUGCCCAGUGUCGGCUGCAGUUACAGGUCGUCACUGAUGAAUGUGGGAAACUACGAAAAGAAGUGCAGGAGCUGAGGAGGUUGAUGGCCCAGACUGGUGCUAGUUCCUCCCAGUCUAAGGGACUCAGUCUGUCUCAGGCACAAAAUUCUACCGGUGGGGGGCGCUAUGUCUUCUUUAAGGCAGUACCUGUUUCUCAGACAGGAAACUGUAGAGUACUGUCUUACUGUGAACCACUCAGCUGCCUCCUGGCCUCCCAGCCCUCCCCACACGCCAACCUGUUGCCUGGCUAUGGGGUGAAGAAGAUCAGUGCAGUGGACCUGAAGGCAUGUCAGUACAUCCCUAUUCACGCCAAACAGAUCAGAGGCCUGGCCUUUAGCAACCAGCAGGACAGCCUGAUGCUCUCUGCCGCGCUUGACCACACCAUCAAACUCACCAGUCUGCUCACCAACACUGUGGUCCAGACCUACAAUGCCGGUCGACCCGUCUGGAGCUGCUGCUGGAAUCGCGACAACAACAACUACGUUUUUGCCGGCCUUAUGAACGGCUCGGUGCUGGUGUACGACACGCGUGACACCAGCACACACGUACAGGAACUCAUGCCCCUACGAAACAGGUGUCCUGUGGCAUCUUUGUCUUAUCUACCGCGUGCAGCGUCCAGUCCCUUCCCAUGCGGGGGUAUUGUUGCAGGCACUCUGGAGGGGGGCUGUUUUUGGGAGCAGGUGGACGGGACUACAUACAGGCCUCACGUUCUACCAUUGGAGUCGGGAGGCUGUACUGACAUACAGGUGGAGCCAGAGAGCAGACACUGCCUGGUUACCUACAGGCCAGGUCGGUCAAACCCUUCUCUGCGCUGUGUUCUGAUGGAGCUGAACCGAACUCCUCAGCAAAGCGCCAGCCAGGUUCCGGUCUGCUCCUGCUCGCCAGUCCAGACGUUUACUGCCGGGUCGUCCUGUAAGCUCCUCACUAAGAACGCUGUGUUUAAGAGCCCAGCCAGAGAUGGAUCCAUGCUUGUGUGUGCGGGGGAUGAAGCUUCUAACUCCGCCAUGGUGUGGAAUGCUGGUAGUGGGUCGCUGCUCCAGAAACUACCUGCGGAUCUGCCUGUGUUGGACAUCUGUCCGUUCGAGAUCAACCACGGAAGUUACUUGGCUGCUCUUACUGAGAAGAUGCUCAAGAUCUACAAGUGGGAGUGAUGUCCAGUGUACGUGGGCUGAGUGACUGAACCUACAUAAGUCAGGAAAACAAUACACAUGGUUAUUUUCUGCUUUCCCUUGGUCUCAGGGGAAAUGAACAGUAAAAGGAAAAAUGUCAUUCUUCUGGUAUGUCUCUCUA